GGAGAGGAAGGCGUGUAUAAAGUUCUUCAGAUCUUCAAAGAAGAAUUUAAAUUAGCAAUGGGCCUAACGGGUGAGAUUCAAACUAGAUUCGCUGUUGCUUCCCCUAUUCGGAUAGAUAUAGGUCUAUCUGAAUCUGCGAAUCCUAGUUUUACAAGGUAGAUUUUGUUUUGUUUAUAAUUAUAGGAUGUGCAAAUCUGAAAGAUAUUUCAAGGGACAUGGUUGUCCAUCAAUCCCAUUAUUCAAGAAUAUAAACUUCAAAUCGAAAACAGAAUUUUAAUAUUUUAAUCAAAAGGUCUAUCCCUCGGACCAAUUUUUUGCAAUAUCGAAAAAAACACUGUCAGUAGUAAUAGUAAUUUUUAAUAAACGUCUAUAAUUAUGGUCAUUUGGUACAAAUCUUUAAUUACAGUGUAAUUUUUUAUCAGUUUAAGUUUAUUUGAAGUACAAACCAUAAAACCCCCCCCCCCCCCUCCCCGAGUAAUAUGUUCCACUUGGCCCUUGUAUAGUCCUCCCAUAGUCACUGGUUCGCCUGAUGAAAACUUUGAUCCGUUGGUCAAUUUCGAAUCGCAAAUUGGUUUAUCUGAAGAGCCGAAUAAAGCGAUCUAUUCUAAAACUGCACCAGAGUGACAGACGAGUACAGACGAGUAACAUACGACUACAGACGAGUAACAGCUAGACGACUACAGACGACUAAAUACGACUAAUAAACAGCAUUUUGACGGACUGUUUUUAAUAAAUUAUGCAAUAUUUUUCAAAAUGGCGAUUGGCGCCUGCAGUAAGUAUGUGAGAUUUCUGUCUUUAGCCGCUAUUGUAUGUGAAGGUGAGAACUGUACUACUAUAGUCAUAUAAUUAUUUGUAAUUUUCGGUCAGUUUGGAUCGUAUUUGUGUAACGUACUUUACGUUGCUGAGCAAAGUAUUAAAUUCUUGGGUUUCAAUCACGUGAUGUUUUCAGUAGCAUAACUUAACUCAAGUGAGGUAAACAAGUACGAUCCAAACUGACCGAAAGUUACAAAUAAUUAUAUGAUUAUUGUAGUACAGUUCUCACCUCCGCAUACAAUAGCAAGGGUGGGUUGUAGCGAAGUAGUUGUAGUUCGCUACUGUAGCGAACUACAAUUUUCAAGUAGCCAGUAGUUCAGAGCCAGUAGUUUUUGACUACUUUUUUAAAACAGUAGCUGUAGUUAUAGCGAACUACAUUUUGCCUAAAAGUAGCCAAGUAGUUGACUACUUUUCAAACAGCGAAUCGCUAUUCGCUACUUUCUAAAAUUGUUAGCAACUUGAUAGAAUAGAAUGAUAUUGAGACACGGUUUGCUUAAAAUCAAUACUCAAUAGUCAAUUUGCACUCUUGAACACUGUAGUGCUUACAAAAAUGUUGCUUUGUGUUUACUGUUGCUAUUCAUAAGUCGAUUUGUUAUAGGUUACAUUUCAGCCUGAGUUAGUAGAUGCUCCAGAUACAGUAACACUAAAAAUAUAGCGUAGCGAAAUAGCGAAAUAGUUCGUUACAUUUUUUAAGCUGUAGCUGUAGUCAGUAGCGAACUACCUUUGUUCAAAAGUAGCAGUAGUUGUAGCUGACUACAUAUUUUUGAAGUAGCUGUAGUUAUAGCGAACUACAAAAAUUUUGUAGUCAACCCACCCUUGUACAAUAGAGAGUUUAAGAUCUACGACGCGGCCGGCUCAACGACGCGGUCUGAAUUUCAGCUAAAAAAUGAACGCUAAGCAAUUUCAUUACUGUAAUAAAUGUUUGACGAUUUUCAAAUAACAUUACAAACUGCUAAGUUUGACUAAAGCGAUGCAAUGUUUGCUAUAAUUUCGACAUUAAAUAUCACCUUUUGGGUCGCAAUAAGCUUCGCGUUGCUUGAAAGACGUGAUAAUGCUUAGUUUAACGUUCUGCUGAGCAUGACAAAGCCGUUGAGAAUACCCCUGGGACCACAAAUUAUUCACAGUUUUUGUCUUGCAUGACAAAUUUCUUUCUUUCGCAAGCGCGUAGUUGAGCCGGCCGCGUCGUAGAUCUUAGGCCCGUUUUAUACGUCGAAUUUUGGUCGCGUCGAAUGCAAUUAAGACAAUAGAUAAUCAGAUGGUAAACCUCAUUAAGCUUCAUUAUCUAUUGUUUGAAUUGCAUUCGACGCGACCGAAAUUCGACGUAUAAAACAGGCCUUAAACUCUCUAAUAGCGGCUAAAGACAGAAAUCUCACAUACUGCAGUCGCCAAUCGCCAUUUUGAAAAAUAUUGCAUCAUUUAUUGAAAUUUAGAAAAUUUACUCGUCUGUAGACUGUAGUCGUCUGUACUCGUCUGUUGCUCAUCUGUUACUCGUCUAUUAAUAGAUGUCAAUUAAGCAACACAAGAAAGCAUUUCCUAACACAAAUACCCCGUUCAUUUAACGGCGGAUACUUCCUAAUGAAGUGAGUGUUUACGGGUGCCCUGUAGAAAUGCAAGUCUGUGACAAACAAACCGACGACGAGGAGAACCGACAAUGUCCAUUUCAAUUUCAUCUUCGAGGCAAAAUUAAUGUAAUAAUCUCCUAAAGAAAUACUGUUACAUCAUAAAGAUCACUAAAUGGUGUAUCGUUUGAAAUGGAUUAAGGCUUUUCCGCUUAUAUAACAUAUAUAAUGAAUUAAUGAAACGCGUGAUUGAAAAUAAAGCCUUUGGCUUUGGUCAAUUUGUUCAGGCCCGCCCAGAGGGUGUUACAGGGAGCAUUUUGCUCCAGGCACCCAGCUCAAAACUAAGGGCCUCAAAUUUUUUGAUACAAGAAUAUACCGAAAAUAUCAAUCUUAGGCCUGUUUUAUACGUCGAAUUUUGGUCGCGUCGAAUGCAAUUCAAACAUAAUGAAGCUUAUUAUCUAUUGUCUUAAUUGCAUUCGACGCGACCAAAAUUCGACGUAUAAAACGGGCCUUAGCUGCAUCGUGCCGGAUAAUGUGCAAUAAAGCGUAAUAUAUUGUAAUACACCACUUAUACCGUUUUGUAAUCAUACGUGGGAACGUUCGUUUUGCCUCAGGCCGUGCAAUCACUCGCCGCCCCUGGGUCACAACUGGAACGAUAAACCGAAACAUUUCUUAAAUUACUUUUUUAUAGAAUUUUCUUCACAAAUAAAUUUUUUUUCUGACAUAAAGGGCUAAGUUUUCCCUUAUUUUUGCUGAGAUGUAGCAUGUCACCAUGAGAACUGAGGAGUAAAAACCCUAUCUUGACUAGUACAGUUGAGCAUUCAAUAUGAAGCAAUGGUUACAAAUGCUAUAUGAAGUACUCACCGUUGAUCAUAUUCUCCGCUGCUUGAUUAAUGUUUAAACAGCAGGCGCUUACGAUUAAAACUAAAAACUAAAAAUCCAACAGUGAAUAUACUGUUCAAAACUGUGAAAAUAAGAUAAAAUUAUAUUCCGUUGAAUAUUCUAAAACAAAGUAAAAAAUAGGUAGAGUGAUGCAGAUUCUUAGAAACCGAAGCCGGCAUAAAAGGUGGGUUAUCACAUAAUAUUUUUAUCUUUUAAGGAUUUUUUUGGAAACAUUUUUUUUUCAAAAAUCACAAAAGUCGUUUUGACUUUUAAUAGUUUUUUUAACCCACAAAACUGUAGCGAAAUGACGAUUUUGUAAAUAUAUCUAUAUUUUUUUGUCAAAUUUUAAUUAAGUGAAAUACAUAUAAAAGUGCAUGUGUUACUGCCGGCAGUUUAUAGAUGUCAAGAUGCAGUCGCUGUUCGGUAAAAAAUUACCGAUAUGUAAAAGUUAGUUGUCAAAGUUUAACCCUACGCUAACAGGCUACAUGGCCUGAUAAUGACAGAAUGUGUUUCCCUCAGUUUUCUUUGACGUAUUUAGGUUUGAAUAUCUAAAAUAACUUCUAAUGUCCAAAGACAAGGUCUUUCUUUGUUUUAUCGUGGAUUAUUACAUGUAAUAGACAUAUAAUAUUAUUCUUUUAACUAUCUAUGGUUUUAUAUUUUUGUUCAUGUGCAUAUUUUAUAUGCCAACUUGUGCACAUACAGUGAAGGCAAUGUAUUUUUGGCAAAAUAAAUCUUCAAUAGCAGCACAGAAUACUACACAGAAGUCCAUCUCCAUUGUUUUUUGCGUAAGCGUUAUUCGUCAUGAUUCGUCACUCAGCAAGUACCGUAAACAGAAGCAGUCACCCCCUGGACAUGCGCCCAUUUUUAGUAUUUCCAGGGGGGUGACUGCUUCUGUUUACGGUACUUGCUGAGUGACGAAUCAUGACGAAUAACGCUUACGCAAAAAACAAUGGAGAUGGACUUCUGUCUGUGAUAGCAGUAUUAAGCGCCAGGGGGGGGGGGUCUAUUCUGGCUCCCCUUGUUUCAUUAGAGGUGCCUCGGCUCCCCUGCUUUCUAUGCCUUUGCGGGGAAAGACAAAAGCUAAGAUUCUGGCAUUUAUAGUAUAUUGGUCAAAUGUAUUGUAAAAUACUAAUUUGUUGUGAUUCGACAGUAAAAUUUGACGAAUAAGACAUUUGGAUGCGCAGUCGACACUUAAUUAAAUUUGAACUGGUUUAUUCAUUAAUCCUCAUUCGUUUGUGAAAAUUUGGACUGAGUCUGAGGAUUCUAUAACUCUUAGAAUGUGAGUUUAUUUUGUUUUAGGGCAACAGAAGAUAUUAAACGUCGUUUUGACGCCAACUUUCACAAGUUUGUUAAUCAGCUUACGAAUGUAUGUAGACAGUAGACUUGUGAUUUAUUUUGCAUAACAUAUCAAAUUUACUUACAUAUAGAUUAUAGAUUAUUGUUCUGCUCAAUGAUACAUAAAUCUGAAAUUUAUUUUUACUCGUGAAGCCUCGUUUUUUCACCCUAAACUAAAGGCGGAUCUCCACUAGACGAUUUUUGAGACGAUUUUUAUGACGAUCGUCAUAAAAAUUCGCGACGAUUUAGAGAAUUGGAGAUCAUAGCAGCAAGAAAAAAGCGCGGAAUCUUAUUAGUUAAAAAUUCGUCUGGCGCUCGACGAAAGGUAGAAGUCAAUCCAACUUUUCGUUGAGCACUAGACGAUCGCUCUUCGAACAUUUUUUUUUCAAUUGCGCAUGUGUCGUCGCGAACUGUUUUCACGAUCGUGAUGCGCAAGUAAAAAAUCUUAAAACCGAAAUCGUGCAUUUGUGCAGCGCUUUUAGAACUGGGAACUAAUUAGAAGGGGGGUUGCAUGAAAGUGGCUCGCUUGAUUCUCGUGCAGACAUAUGCAUAAUCUACUAUUUAUCUGAAAACAACCAGUAGAAGAUGUUUUUAAACCAUGUGAUUAAAGUCACUUUUAUGUGAUUAGCUAUAGUGUGAUUAAAAUCACUUAUAUACUGUAUAAUAUACUGUAUACCUGUACGUAUUUAACAUAUAACAACAUUAUUUCGAAUUUUGCCACCAUAGUUUAUAGCUACUGUAUAGGAAUGUUUUAUAAUACACACCGAAUUGUCACAUAAUUACAGCCUGAAAAUAAGAUUUUAUGGUUGCUUUCGGAAAAUCUAAUUGCUGCCAAAUUUAGAUGGUCAAAUUGUAUAUAUAUCUAUCAAGCAUUUUUUUUCGCUAUACUCAGGUUUUUGAGUCAAAAUGAAUCACUCUGCAACGCCCAGUCGACUUGCACCCACGACCUUCAGGGCCGGACCGACUGGGAGGAGGGGGGGGGGGGAUGUACGACACCUCCUAAGGAAAAGUCAGGAAGGGGGCCCAAUUGUUUGAAGGGGGCCCCCAAAUGCUGGAAUUGCUGAACGUGUGAAAUUUUUGUGAAAAAUUGAGGUCAACUUUGUAAUUAAGUUAAACCUGAAUUAUAAUAAACCCUUUUUUGCGAAGAACGUCGGGUUCGGGAAAAAAUUUUAUGGAACGUUUUUUUCAAACAAAUAAUAAACAGAAAAUUUUCCCUAAACAAAUGGACUCCAUUCUUAUCCUGAUUUAACGCUGCCCCACUUGUUUGGGGCUGGCAACGUCCCUGACACAAUGAUCAGCAACGAAGUUUCAAAAAUUUUAUUAUUUACCAAUAAAAUUAAUCGUUUCACACUUAACCAGUUUAGUAAAAUAACAAAAUGUUGCUUAGUUGAAAAGAAUUCAUAUCUUUUUCAAGGAUAAGGUUCUACACAGGCGAGGCGAGAUAUUUGCCAAGCCGUCGAUAUUCUCACCCCUAAAUGAAUUUUCUCAUUUUUCUCUUUUUCACAGAGACCUAUCUUUAAUGCAAUGAUCAUGGGGGUUAUUAUGCUCAAUGCUCUGGUAAUUGGCUUGGAAACGAUGGAUUCGCUUAAAAAUUCACAUGGACAAUUAUUUCAGAUUGUAGACGAACUGUUUUUGUCCAUUUACACAGUUGAGUUCUUUCUUAAGUUAUACGCAGAACCUAAAGGAUAUUGGAAAAGCAGCUACAAUCGCUUUGAUUUCCUUAUUCUCUUUAUAUCUUACAUUCAAGCAAUCCUUGACAUGAUAAAUGUUGGUGAUAACGUUCUAAAACCACUAAGACUUCUUCGAGGUAAGAAAAGAAAAUAUCCCGCAUGUUAAUAAUUCACAAGAAAAACACAACGAAAAUCAGCACCGCAUGUAUCAUUCUUUCGACAUCAUGGACCCCAGCGUAGGUAGAAGACUCUGGCUUGCGAGGUUGAUCAUGGACAUGGUAUGACGCGCCUGCCACAACUAAUUUAGUCAACAUAGCUGAUGAAAUGAAGAAUUUAUCUUUAAAUACUGCCAUGACUGGUUUGUUCUUGUGAUUAACUUUCUCUUUCUCAUGAAUGAUCGAAAAACUGCAUCUCACACUCAAUUACAUUAAUAAAUAAAUAGAGGAUAUUACUAACGCCGGCGGCGCGGAGAUGUGAUUUUUAUCUUCGAGUGGUGAAAACAGUAUUUUACGAACGAACUCAGCGAGUGAGUAAAAUAUUGUUUUUAACACGAGAAGAUAAAAGAUAUAUCUUCAAGCCACCGUGUAAUGUUCUGUUUAUCAUAUAGUCCCAAGCAAAAAGUUGUGAAAUUUCACGCUCAAAAGCAAAUUGGAAAAAGUCACGUGAUCGAUAUCUUCACUAGUGAAGAUAUGGAAAAUAUCUCACUGUGUAUUUUUCAAUAUCUCACUCGCUACUAUAUGAUAAAAUAACUUACAUUCGUGCGGAAAUGAGCUUUUUCCAUGGUUAUGGUACUAAACGCAUUUUCUAUUAUACAAUUACUUCGAUCCAUUCCUAAAGCUACACCAGUCCUUGGCCCUCGCCUGGCCGCACUGCACUGUGCGGCGGCCAGGGACUGGAGUAGUCCUAAAACUAGUUAUUACAGUACGUACUGAAGCUUUAAUCUUAGAUUUAUAUAGUUCAGUUGCUAAGCGAUCGACGGGUCACAUGUUUUGAAUUUCUGAACCAACAUCAUUGUCUGUACCUCUUUUAGCUGCGAGAACUCUGAGAACAAUAUCUUUUAUCGAAGGCUUGCAAGUCUUGGUGAUCGCUUUAAUUGAGACUCUACGUCAUUCUGUACUGAACGUCGUUGUACUGCUUUCAAUGUCUAUGGGUUUCUUCGCUGUCGUUGGGUAAGUUGAGAGUUUUUUUAUGCCAAUGUGAAGAAAGCUUCCAUUAUUUAAGGACAAAUAGUAAUUUUCUGGAUUUGCCUUUAUUUGGUUUAACUUUUACUUAGGGGUGCACCGGAACCAAUUUUUAAAGUUCCGGCCGGAACCGGAUCCGACCGGAACUGGGAAAAAGUUCCGGCCGGAACCGGAACUGAUUUAUUAAGCCAUAUAUGGUCAUAUGUUACUUUGUCCGCUGCCAAACAGGCAGAUACUUCAAGUCGUCAAGAGAGAGCUCGCAAGUGUCAGAAUAAAAAGAUUGAAAAACGUUAAACGCCAUAAUGAAGUGUUAAUAGUGUACAUUUCCCUUGCGUAGUCCAAAUUUCUUCCUACUGUGAAAUUUUGUUAGACACAAAAACGUUUGAUAUGCUAUCUCUCUGAAAACGACAGAGUUCCGGUUCCGGCCAUGCUUUUUUUAUUAGUUCCGGCCGGAACCGGAACUCUGAAAAAUCGGGGUUCCGGCCGGAACCGAGUUCAAGUGCACCCCUACAGUUCUACUGCUUGCCCGUACUAUAGACUUGUAGGUGGGUAGGCAGUUGGGAAGGUAAAAAUAGUUAUAGGCAGGCAAGCAAACAACUGAAGGAAGCAGGUAGGUGCACGUAGGCUAGGAAGAUAUAGGUAUAGGUAGAAAGAUAGUGAAGUAGGUUAGUACUACCAUAUGCUAUCCCAAGGAAAGAAAAAUUGCAAAAUGGACUGAAUGUAAAUACACAAAAAACGUUUCUGAACAGAGAAGACGUUUUCUGUCAUCAAAACCAAUACUAACGUCCGAAUAUCAUUACAUGUCAAAUUAACCAUCACACAACAAUUAUAUAGGCCUACUAUCAAUCUUAUAAACACCAAUUUCAGUAACCAAUUACUUAGAUGAUAACAUAAUAUACCAAUCCCAUUGCCAAUUUACCAAAUAUUAAAAAACAUCCAUGUCAAUAAAAUUAACGACAUUAAGAACAAUUUAUAACAAUAUUUAUCAACAUGAUUACUUGUUAGGUAUUAUAUGUUUGGCCAUGAUGAAGAAACUGGAAUUGAAAAUGAAAAUUGGUCAAGCUUAAGCGCUGCAAUGCUUACUCUCUUUACGUAUGUUACGGUAAGAAAUGCCGCACGAGUAUAUGGAAAUUACGGGAACCACUGAGUAUUUUGAUAAAAUACAAAACAGUAGAUACUCCGAAAAUUGAAAGCAUUUUGAAAAUUUGUUUCGACUAAACUAUAGUCAUCAUAAACUAUAGUUUAGUCGAAACGUCGAAAUAAAUUUUCAAAAUGCUUUCAAUUUUCGGAGUAUCUAUUGUUUAGUAUGGAAAUAACGGUUUAGUUUUGAAUAAGAGUGCAUUUGCCUUAACAUCCAUAUAUGACCCAGAUUAACUUCUUGCAAGAUUUCUCUCAGUUAGUUGAUUAUGAUUUCGCUCAAGUCGUUUGUGAGAGAAACACAGCAGGUUUUCUCCAACUACAGUACUUCAGCCCCAAGGAAAUGUCUAAUUAAUAUGGUGUAAAUUUUAUACAUUUAUAUAUUAGACCUAACCAUGAGAAGUACCUGCGAAAAAAUGCAACUAUACAGGCUCUCUGAUAGGUCCCACCUUACUAUGGAGUCACCUUUUGUAGUAUAUAUACAAGAACGUGUGGUUAGAGCUCGACAACUGGACAAUGUAGCUCAGUUGGUUAGAGCGCUGCACCGCAAUAGACCUUUAUAAAAAGGUUGACGUCAGCAGACUUGUGACGUAGUUUGCGGAGAAAAUCCUGAAAGCUCAGAGUUGUUUACUUGUUUUGAGUUUUUUUAAAGCCAAAAGAAGCCAGUAUUAUGGUAUGUUUGAAGCAAAUUUUUCUAUAUAUAUAGGCCAAAUGAGUUUUCAUAUUCGUCGUAUAAAUUUUAUUUGUUUUUAUAUUAGAUUGUACAUUAUUUUACUGUCAUGAACAUUUAGCAAAUUGUUCGCUCGGUUUUCUUUUCUGUUUCUCAAAUUCAUCAGUGUAAACAGCUUCGCUUUCGUUUCUGAAGAUUUAAACUUUAAAUCUCUACACUUCAGCCGAAAUUUUAAAUUAUUUUUGGUAGCUUUUUCAAUGUCCUUGCCAAUUUUUGACCCGGGUAUGUCCUUUUCUGUCAACUAUAUCGAUAAAAAUAAUAGACUUAUCAGUCUUAAUACGAGUCAUUGUGUACAAGAUGUACUCAGAGUCUAUAUAAAAGUUCACUUAUGACAAUAAGACCUCUUUGCAUGAUCACACUGAGCCUGUGUAUUGCUGCAUGUAUACAGCUUGAUUGGGGCCAUUCUGAUGAUUAGACUGAUGAAUGUGAGAAACAAAAAAGAAAAAUUAUACUUUUUAGCAACGAAAUAUAUGUAAACAAACCGAGCGAACAAUUUGCUAAAUGUUGACAGUAAAAUAAUGUACAAUCUAAUAUAAAAUCAAAUAAAAUUUAAACUAAGACGAAUAUGAAAACUCAUUUGGCCUAUAUAUAGAAAAAUUUACUUCAAACUUACCAUAAUACUGGCUUUUUGGCUUUAAAAAAAACUCAAAACAAGUAAACAACUCUGAGCUUUAGGGAUUUCUUCCGCAAACUACGUCACAAGCAAGCCUGCUGACGUCAACCUUUUUAUAAAGGUCCAUUGCCGAAUGCGCAGGUUCGAUUCUUGCCGAGGGCCUAUAGUUGCAUUUUUCACAAGUGUCAUCCAGGUGAUCUUGAUACGCGGAAAAGUACUGGCACUAGUUGUCAAAUAGAAAUCCAUUUUAUGAUUAAAACAACGGAAUAUCUCCUGUAAUAUACUUUAUUUCGAUUCCAUAUUUUUGUCAGAGCUAUAGUUCUCAUAACCAAACAUAAUUACAAAAUUUCAACUAGUUUCAUAAAGAAUAAUGAAAGAUAUAAUUGACUAAAUACAUCAAAAUGGAUUUCUAUUCGGACAACCCUUUCUGAGCGCUGAUUGGCUAAAAUACGAACACGAGAUCACCUGGAUGGUUUACGUUUAAUAUAAAUGUAUAAAAUUUACACUCAAAAUUUCCAUCAAAAUCCUUCAACAUUAGUUCAAUCGAGCGAGAUGCCCCCAAAUCCUGAUAUUUACAGUCAUAUAAACAGUGUAGAUAUCUAUUAUUCUUCUUCGGCCAAUAUAAUUGUAGGUUGAUGGUUGGACAGAUAUACAAGCCCAGUUGGAAACACGUCCAUACAGCCAGUGGUUCACUAUUUCAUUUAUUUUUCUGGGACAUUUUAUUUUCACAAACCUUUUCAUUGGAAUUAUAAUCAUGGUGAGGAGACCGCUGUGUUUUUUAUCGUUUGUUUAUAAGUUACUGAACUUAUUACUCUUAUCGUGCUGUAUGGCACGCUAAUCCGUUUGGGUGUAUAAGAUUUUUUUCUCAAGAUACAGAUUAAAGAGUAUUGGAAACAAAAUUCAAGUUUGGCAGUCCAGAUUUAACGAACACUACUCUUACAACAUCAUACUUUCUGUACGCUUGCAAAUUGGUUGAUGGAUUCAUCACUAAAAGUUAACUGAAUGAUUGCAUCAAAUAACCUUUAGGUGGACGAUGCAAUCCAUUGUAAUUUGUAAAUAAGUACAGUUAACAUUGCCAGUCAGCAAAUUCGGGAAGUAUCCAUUGGUUUUAUACUUCGUCUUUGAAAAGAUAUGUUUUAUGGAAGACAUCUUGCUAAAUUCUGUACAAUUUUUGGACGCACUAGCCACCUGUUGAAUUUUACACCAACAACUGAAAUAUAUAUGAGACGAUAACGUAUUAUCAAAGACACUGAUUCAGUUAUUGAUUUUCUUGUUUAAUUUCAAUUUUUUCAUAUUGUCAUAGAAUAUUCAUGAGGCAACUGAAACUUUUAGAUUGCAACAGGUGAUGGAAAAAGAGGCCACCUUGCAGGUGAAAUAAUGUUUCUAUGUUUGCACAAUGCAAUUAUGACUACACCAUCUCAUAAAUAAUGACACAGACUAGAAUAUCUAAUUAAUUAAAUUAAAUUUGAAAAGUCUUCAUGUGAAGUGGCGUCAAAGUCAGCAGCGUAAGGCUCAUAAGGUAGGGUUAUGGCGAGAACUGUAAGGGCCCCGACAGUUGGGGGGGCUCUGACUACCACACCCCUGUACUAAUUAAAAUGGUGGCAAGUCUAUUCAGUUACUUUCGUCCACAAAUCAUUCCCGUUACAUUUCUCAGUUAAGAUUGUGAAAAAAUAUUCAACUGAUUUCUCAGAAGGAACUGCAUGCAUGGUGACUAAAUUUCAUCCUUUGUCCACGAAUAAGAUCCGAUGUAAUUCAAUCAAUGCUUAAACAUAAUUGCGUUAGUUCAUCUUUCCCUCAAGUGUGUAAAACUACAAUUAUAUCGAGACUUAAAGUGGAAAAAAAGUUUUGUUAAGGAGAAAAACCCAUUCCAGUGCCCCAGUGGUUUUUUACGAAAAGCAGUAGUUCUGAACAGAAUAUAUACAAAAAUCGUCGUUUAAAAAUACAUUUUCAACGUUGUUGUGCAAGCCAAAACAAAACACGAAAGAUCAUAAAGAAACUCGAUAGGUAUGUUCUAAAAGUAUUUUAACUGUUUUAUAAUAUAAAUGGAGUUCAAUAAUCUUUUUAAACUUACACAACUACUUUUUAUAUUUUUCUACGAUGCUUGAGCUUGAGGCAACGCGCCAACACAAAUUUUUUUUUCCGUAGACAGUCGGACUCCUCAUUGAUAGUCGGACGCAUCAUUGCCCCGCGCCCUUAAACAAAACAUUCAGCGGAUACUCUUCUUAUUAGAGGCGUCUUCCCAGUGUGUCUUCCGCACGCAAUUGGUGAUUCAAAAUGUUGUAUUGUUUGGUUGAGAUGUCAAAAUGUGAGCAGGACACAUUGUGGCUUCAUAUCUUGUGUGGUAAUGACAUCUGACAUAUUUUAUUAGGAGCGAUUGCAGAAUACCCGUCCACUUUUAAGCUAUGCUUUUCAAACAUCAUGGAUACGAUGUAUUAAUACAUCUAUAUUUAUUCUUAAUAGAUUAAUAAAUAGAUUGAUAGAUUAAAAUCUCAUGGUGGUAAAGGUAGCUACGAAGCAUACAGUGACUUAGCGUUAAUAGAUUAAAUUGGCAUAGUGUUAAAGGUAGCUCUAUAUUCUAGUGGAUACGCGGACAUGCAGUCAACUAGUUAUUUUGAGAACGAGGCAUACAGUUAGAUUAGCAUUAGAUCAAAUUCUCAUGCUAUAGGUAUAGCUCUAUAUUUUAGUGGAUACGUGGAUACGCAGUCAUGUAGUUAUUUUGAGAUUAAGGCGACAGUUAGUUAGCAUUAAUAGAUUAAAUUAUCAUCUUAUAUAGAGAGCUGUGGUGUAAUAUGUAAAUAUGUUCCACACAACCGGACAUUGGUGUUUGACAGAUUAUGAUUAAUUAGCGUCACUGGGAGAAAAAAAUUAUAUUAUAAAGCAUACUAAGCAUAAUAUUAAACAUUAAAAGUCUUGCAUGAUAUUUCCUUUAUAGUAUCAAUUCGUAAUAUUGUUUUAGUAAUUAUUUUGUGUAUAUUUAGGCCUGGACGCGGAUCAAUGAUGCGUCCGACCAUCAAUGAGGAGUCCGACUGUCUACGGAAAAAAAAUUUGCCGCGCCAACGCUUUUGAAACCAUAUAGUUUUCGACGAUUAACUCGAUGAAGACUGAACUAUCAUUUCCUAAUUUCAUAAAAUAUUAGCAAAACAGUUACGUCCAGAGCAUGCAAAAAUGUUUUAUGAGUAAAUUAUAUUUACGCGAAACUACUUUGUUUUUACAAGGCUGCACGAUUUUCGCCGCUUUUGUAACUGCACAGUGCCUUUAAAGAACUUAAUAUUUCAAAAUCUAUCCCCAAACUACAAAUUAGACAGCAAGACAAAACGUUUUUACGAUGAAAACUUAGUUUUAACUUUGUUUACCCCUUAUCUUAUAUUAUGCAACCAUGCCCGUUACAGUAGCAGCGGCAGAACGAUCUUUGUACAAACUGAAACGUAUUCAAAUCUCACGUCUCAAAUGUCCCAAAUUAGGGCCUCUCGCCUAAUAUGCCUAAGGGCCCCAUCUUUCUUCGUUACGCCACUGAUGGAUGUAAUGGUCCGACCAUUAUUCAGGUGUUCCUAUUGUGCAUGUUCCUGAUGUUGUUGAUCAUUUGUGAAUUGAUUGUGAUUUGUAUGGAUCAAUAUUAUAAUCAUACGAAUUACAUAUUUAUCUAAAUUUUAGUUGAAGAAAGAUUUUCUUUACCAACGACAACAUAAUGAUGUUAAGGAGAUGCUUGAAAAGCAGGUAAUAAAAUACAGAAAACUGUGACCAGUCCACCCAUGGCGACGCCACUGCCUACAGUAUUAUUAAGGAAAUAAUAUAACAGCUCAUGAAAAUAGGGUAUGAUUUUUUGCAGUGUAUUGCACCAGUACGCUCAGUUAUGACAGGUCAUACCAUAUCUGUGGGUCGUAUACAAUUGCAAAUGACAAACAUGUGAUAUUUAACAGUUCGGCGGAUAUUUUGUAUUCAUGCUUACGGCUUCACAAUGUUCAUUGAUACCAUACAGAAAUAGUUGCUCAAUUACAUCACGAAAAAACAUAUCUUCAAUAAAUUUUCAAAGUUUAACAUGAUUAUUGUAAUUGUAGUGCAUAGUGUAGUCACAACUCAUAUGUUAAUGUACGUUUAGAAAUCGAGCCAAUUUGUUGACUUCAAAGACAUGUGUCGUGCCUUUGAAGAGACAUUACGUCACGAAGAUCACGUGAUCAUGACAGACACUAGCACAAACCUUGUCUGGAUGGAAACAUUCAUCACUACCCUUGAUCAUCUUGACCUAUAUACUCACAGGUAA